AUGAAAUUAUUAAGUUUAACUAGAUAUUAUUUUAACAAACAUUUAUACUCUACAUGUUCAGUUAAAGAAAUUUUAAAAUCUCAACCUGAGGGAUGUAAAAAAAAGUUGAAGGGUUGGGCUAAAGCAAUGCGCAAAAUGAAAGAAAACAUAUUUAUAGAUUUAGAUGAUGGUUCUACUCAUCAUCGUCUACAAGUAGUAAUACCUAAAAAUAAAGUUCCAGCUUCCUUGACUUAUGGAUGUUCUUUUGAAGCUAUAGGUGUUUUGGUCAAAAAUCCAAGUAAUAAACUAGAAUUAAUAGCAGAAUCCAUCAAUGUUCAUGGACCUUGUGUGGUUCAAGAUGGUUACCCAUUUGCCCCUCGAAAAACUUACAAUCCAGAUUAUGUUAGGCAACAUUUACAUAUAAGACCACGGACAGCAACGUUUGGUUGUUUAUUAAGACUUAGAAAUAAAAUGUCAACUGCUGUAAGAAAUAGAUUUUCCAAUGAUAAUUUUGUGGAAAUAAAUGUUCCAGUGUUAUCUUCAAAUGAUUGUGAAGGAGCUGGUGAAGUGUUUGUAGUGAAACCAAAUAAUGAUAGUUUAAUUAAAGAGAUGAUUUCACAAAAUCAUCAUUCACUUUUAGAAACUUUCUUUAAUGGACAAACAUAUUUAACAGUAUCUGGACAGUUGCAUUUAGAAUGUAUGGCACGGGCACUAACUAAAGUUUAUACGUUGGGACCAACUUUUAGAGCUGAAAACUCUAAAUCGAGGUUACAUCUAUCAGAAUUUUACAUGAUUGAAGCAGAGCAAGCUUUUAUUGAUAGAACUGAAGAAUUAUUAGGAAUGAUAGAAAAAACUACAUCAACUGUAGUAGAAAAGCUAUUAGAAGAAUCAGAAGAUGAAAUAGACCAUUACAGAAAAAUGAUAGGUGCUUCUGAAGACAACAAUCCUGUUAACUUACUUAAAGUUCCUUAUGAAGUAAUAACUUAUCAUAAAGCAUGUGAUAUAUUAGAAAGAGAAAAUUGUUUUAAAAAUGCAAUGAUUCGAGGCAAACCAUUAACUAAAGAACAUGAAUUAUUUUUGGUUAAAUAUAAUGGUCAGAAACCAAUAUUUGUUGUAGACUGGCCUAAAGAAUUGAAACCAUUUUACACAAAAACAGUACCUAGUAAUAAAGCAUUGGUAUCAGCUGUGGAUCUGUUAUGUCCUAAUGUUGGUGAAUUAUGUGGUGGAAGUGUACGUGAAGAUAAUCAUGAUAUUUUAAAAGAAAAGUUAUCUCUUGUAGGAAUGGAAGACAAAUUAGAUUGGUACAUAGAAUUGAGGAAAUUUGGUAAUGUGUCUACUGCAGGUUUUGGCAUAGGAUUUGAACGUUUCCUUCAAGUAUUAUUAGAUAUACAGAAUAUUAAAGACACUAUUGCAUUUCCUCGAUGGCCACAUAAUUGUAAAAUGUAAAACACCGAUUUUACUUUAAUCAUUUGAUUUUCUAUUGAUUUUUGUUGAAUAUUAUUAUA